UGGGCUACUUUUUCUCUACUUUAAAUACACACAUCUCAUGAACUUAGGACACGAGAGCAAAGAGAAACAAAUGGGAGACCUUCAUUCCAUUGCUUACACCAGCAAUCUCCAUACCUCUUCCCUAGGUUGGGACUUUCACAACCUUGGAGUUUUCAACGCAGACAUGUCUCCAGCUUUGAUGGAAAGCAGCAGCACUCCACCAAUUGUGUCGCCCUACGAUUCUGAUUUCUCAACUGGGUAUCUACAAGAUGCUCUGUUCGAAUGCAAUGAUCGGUCUAAACGACGCCGCUUGAUGUUGUUCGCCGACCAUCAUCAUCAAUCCAGAGAAACAAAAGAGCUUGUUAAGAGUUACUGGGAAUUGAACCAGUUUGAGAAUUGUUCAGAGAAUCUCAGUUACAUGACCCAGAUGAUGACGACUAGCUUCAAUGGAAUUUCAGGGGAGGAACAUAGCAGCAUUUUCAGAGAGAUGAAAACACCGGAAGAGGAAAUAUCAGCUUCUGAAGCUCUUGAUUCUUCUUCCUCUUCUUACAGGGACUCACUUAACACCAAGCCCUCCAUACCUGACAAAGAGACCCUUUAUUCCUUAGGCCCCAGCUCUCCUUCUGAGGGUGGUGAUAACAACAGAAAGAAGAGGGGGGUGAUGAAAAGAGUGGUGUAUCCAUUUGCACUGGUGAAGCCCGGUGGGGUUGAAGGGGACUUGACGUUGAACGACAUAAACGAGAGGAUACUGAUGCCGCCGACUCGGCCGGUGAGGCACCCCGUCGGAGACUACGCUUGCCGGCCACUGGUGACGUCACCCGAUGGGCCGGGCUUAUCUGGCAAAGCUGUGGUGGCCUUCACUAAAAUCCACACCCAAGGGAGAGGGACAAUCACUAUUAUCAGAACCAAAGGUUGAGAAACUAGUCAAAACAAAAACUAGUCAAAGUUGUAGAAUUACUUAUUGGUUUUGUAGCUAAGUCCUCUGUUUUUUUUUUCUUCUUUGGUACUCCGGAUCUUGUAGCCAAGUCCAUGGUUGUUUGAAUUGUAUAUGAGAGAGAGAGAGAGAGAGAGAGAGAGAGAGAUGUAAAUAUAUGUAUGUACUGUUGUUCACCUCUACACAAGCUAUAGUUUCAGCUUUGAGCUUGCAGAAGAUUGAAAGAGAGAUUGCCCUACAA